AUUGCCAAAGAUGUUUUAUAGUACUAUACAAUGGAAGCCAGCCUUUGAUAAUCAAAUCAAAAUAUUGUUAGCUUGUAUGACUUGAAAUGGACAAAAAAGUCAUUGAGUUGUAUGUCACAUGGGCAUGACCAAUAUAGUAUGUCUAAUUGAGAUUUGGUUUGAAAAUACUGCUUGUGAAACCGUUUUCCACUGGAUCACUCAGCCUCCUUUAACUCAGUCUACUUUUAAAACAAGGAAAGAAGUUUUUGCCACAGCACUAAAGCUUUUCACCAUCUACGAUUUAAAACAUUUAAAUUGAUAAUUGAAAGCCUUUAGAAAAUGUCUCCAGGAGUUUCCAGUUGUCAUUAUUGUGAAGUUCCACCGUCCAUCUCCUUUUCUGGAUCUGGAUUCAUGGCCACCUACCAGUUAGGAGUUUCCCAGUGCUUACUAAAUUAUGCACCCUGGAUACUACGCACAGCACCAUGUGUCCUGGGUGCAUCUGCUGGGUCUCUGGUAGCAGCUGCUGUAGUCUGUGAAAUGAGCCUGAGUACUAUUCGAGAUGAGAUGCUGAAUUUUGUCAAACAGAUGAAGGCUUUUACACUUGGACCGUUUAACCCUUCAAUCAAUGUUUUCCACUGGUUAGAGUGUAUUUUACACAAACAUGUUCCUUCUGAUGCACACCAACUGGCCAAUGGGCGUCUUUUUGUGUCCAUGACACGCCUGUCUGAUGGAAAGCACAUUGUCAUGUCUGAGUUCCAGUCCAAAGAAGAUGUAGUGCAGGCUUUGCUAUGCAGCUGCUUUGUGCCUGUGUACUGUGGUAUGCUGCCUCCAUCCUUCAAAGGAGUAUAUUAUGUGGACGGGGGUUUCAGCAGCAUGCAGCCACUGCCUGUACCCUGCAUGCAGACCUUGACGGUAUCUCCAUUCUCUGGAGAGACAGACAUCUGUCCCGCCGACAAGCCUUGCAUGUGGGACAUGGUGGUGAGCGGCACCACCUUGAAGGGCAACAUGGCUAACAGCUUCAGGAUCAUUAAUGCUCUCUACCCCAUGAAUUUAGAGACUCUGGAACAAGCCUACCACAGCGGCUACACAGAUGCAAUUAAUUUCCUUCUGUACAAUGAUCUUGCCCCAUAUUUGACGAUACACAAAGUAUCUCAAGGGCCACAUAACUUUCACCAAACUAAAACGUGGAUGAAUCUGGAGACUGCUAUAGAGGAAGAGAAGGAGAUGAAGGUGGAAAACGAGGCCAUUACACUGACAUCUUUCACGACCAAACAACGCAUGCAGACUGGAAGUUCUACUGAGCAUGAAUUGACCGGAAAUCGACCAAGUAAAGAACCUCCUCUCCAUUUUGACAUGAUAAAAAAUGUUCUGCUGAGCAACAUGGUGACCUAUCUGAGCAUGUUUGGACUUCCUGUGAGAAUCUUAUCCCACCUGCUGGUAACUCUUAUCCUGCUGUUUCACGCACUACUCCAGAGUAGGCACAGACUGGAGUUGUUGUUCAGACAGGCGUCUGAGUUGGUGUUCUGGGUUUGGCAUUGCCAGAAACAUUUUGCAUUCUUCUUUUUCAACAUAUGUGUCUGUACCCUAAAGAAAAACACAUUUGACCGGGUUAUGCCCAUCAUCCUGCUGUUGCAGUGGCUGAUUAUGGCACCAAAUGAGGCUCCACAAGGACAGAGGCACGCUACACUCUCUUCUGCCCAUUGAGAAGCUGUUGGGCGUGGGAAAUUACAGUAUAUGUAAAGAGAGCCACUGACUGCUCACCAAGCACAAAUUUAAACACUAUAGUUAUAGCUUGUAUUUUGUAAAGUUAAGCCUUUUUGACUGCAUAUUUCCAUGGAAGAGAGCAAUGAAAAAUCUUAAAACUUUUGUUUGGGGGGCUUUCUUUUAUCUAAGCUGGUUAAUAUAUUUCUAUUCUUUUGCACUUUUUAAACUGUAUGAAUCACUGUAAUCAGUAGAGUGCUCCACUAAGGCUUACUAGUAAUUUUACAGUCAACAUUGAACUUGAUUUGUAGUUGAAUAGUUGCAGUAAAUGACGCUAACAUCAAAUUAAAAAGCAACACCACACUUAGCAUAUGACAGAAAAGUUCAUUUCAUUCACUCAUUAAAUGUUUAUUCAAUAGUGACAAAUACAGUAUACAUAAAGAAUUUCCAUGAGCCAAGGGUUCAUUGAGCACAACAAAUGUUUACUGGGACAGUUUCCUAGGGAAAAAAGUCAUGCACGUGUCAAUAUUGUGUGGCCACUGGCCACAGUAACGUCAUCAGGGGAUAUGCUUGUUUGGAAAUUUAAAGCUUGGCACUAUCAAAGUGUCUUGCUCUGAAGAUCAAUCAUUACAUUACAUCCUUGGUGGAGGUUUAACUGCUGGCUGCAUCAUGCUGUACAACUAUAUUAUUGUAAUCUUUUAUGUCUAAUGAACAGAAUUAGCAACCUUGCUUAAUCUCUAAAAUAUGAAGUGUAUAAUAGCCUACAGUGAAAACUUACUGCUGAUAGAAGAAUGGAUGUAAGUGGAACAUCCCAGGAAAAAAAACACUUUGACAGUUUGAGUCAAGUUGAAAGUUUAGCUCCAGGGUGCUUAUCUAGAGGGUUCCUAAUUUCAAUUUCUCAUGCGAGGUGGCAAAUAGUCCUGUGAUGUGCUGUUUAAACACUGCACUCUUUCUCUCCUCGCCUCCUGAGUGAAAACAUUAUCUACCUACUGUUCAUUCAUGAUGUUAAGCCUCAGCGGCCUCUGGCAUUGGCCUUAUCUCCUUUUCAACAGAAGCUGCUGAAAAGAUAAUCUCGUAAUUCUGAAAAAUGACGCCAAUGUUAGGUGUCACUAUGUGCUAUGACACUUUUGAUGUUGUAGUCGCAGAAACAAAGACUUCCUUCAUCUCCGUUGUAAGUGCUUUUGGAAUCAUGUAGACAUUAAUAAAUGGGGCUCCUCUUGUUUGUCUUA